GUCUAACGGCUCUCUAAUCCUUUCCCAUCGUGCAGUCUGCUUCAAUUCUAACCCUGAGUGUCAGUGCCCCUUGCUGCUGCUGCUGCUGCUUCCCUUGUCUCUUCCAGUUUCUUUGCUCCUCCAUUUCGAACUUCGAAGGAGAAGGGACAUCAGAUUUAGGAACAUCAUCGUCUACACAAUCCGUAACCAGCCAUCUCCUAGCAGGCCCACAUGAAGGCUAGUGAGUGCUGAUGGUGAUAGUUUAGUCCCAUUCAUUUUGCCUGCCGUAGCUGCUGCGUUCUAGCAUUCAGCGCCGUCUUCGAGUUGAGUCACCCGCGCCUAACAAGGCUGUUUUUCUGGGGGGCGUUUUCGAAAUGGAUGGAGAAAAUUUGUCUGAGCUUUUUGAGUUCGACGAAACCAACUUGGCUGGUCCAACUUCUCCUGAUGAUAUCUUUAGUGUUCUUGAGGCUCUGGAAGGGGUUUCGGAAUUUAAUGAGAUGACCCCACUGGAUGAAGCUGCAGGCGGUUCGAACCCGAAAGAUCGUGGGGAUCAGGAGACGGGCAGCACCAGGUUGGUUUCCCAGAAAUCCACAUCUUCAAGUGCUCUACAGGAGUCCGAGAAUGAGCUCGAAACUUCGCAAAAGAGCAAGAGGCGGAAGCUCACAGUAGAGCCAACAGCAACGGCUUCUUCUGAGGAAGCCAACAUAGAUGGACUGCAAAGGAUGUCCCAUAUAACAGUGGAGAGGAAUCGGAGGAAGCAGAUGAACGAGCACUUAACCGUCUUGCGUUCUUUGAUGCCUUGCUUUUAUGUCAAAAGGGGUGACCAAGCGUCAAUCAUAGGUGGGGUUGUGGAUUACAUCAACGAGCUGCAGCAGGUUCUACAAUCCCUCGAGGCCAAGAAGCAACGAAAAGUUUACAGCGAGGUUUUAAGUCCUAGACUUGUUUCUAGUCCACGGUCAUCGCCGCUGAGCCCUAGAAAGCCACCAUUAAGCCCCAGAUUAAGCUUGCCCAUAAGCCCAAGAACACCACAACCCAGCAGCCCCUACAAGCCAAGGUUGCAGCAGCAUGGUUUACCAUCUCCAUGCUCUUCCAGUACCUCCUCCACUGUUGACAGUGUUAAUGAGCUGGUUGCAAAUUCCAAAUCGGCAAUUGCCGAAGUGGAGGUGAAGUUCUCUGGCCCAAAUGUCCUCCUAAAGACCUUGUCCCCACGUUUACCGGGCCAAGUGGUUAAGAUAGUCUCUGCUAUUGAAGACCUCUCCCUCGAAAUCCUCCAGGUGGAAAUGAGCGCUACUGAUCAAACCAUGAUUAAUUCUUUCACCAUUAAGAUUGGAAUUGAGUGCCAACUUAGCGCGGAGGAAUUGGCUCAACAAAUUCAGCAAACAUUUUGCUAAUUAAGAUUCCCCCAAAUCCUCCGGGUAGCAGUCCUCCUUCAGCGUUUAACAGAAGGUUAAUUGUCUUGCUGCAUUUCGUUCAGUAACUCUAACACAGUUAUGCUCUCUGGAUCUCUCUCAAUAAAAGAUACAUAUAUAAUUGAAACA